GCCACUGGCGACAUCUCAUGAAUUUAAUUCAGUGUCUGUUUCGGGUCAGUAACGGCCGGUUGGAGAAACGAUGACCAUUCUUCUUCCGCUCGUGCAUCCUUCCCCUCCUUCUCGUCUUCCCCUAUCGAGCGCCACGGAGCUCCCCAAGAUAAGGGCUUCUUCCCCUUCGAACUCCCUCUCGAUUCCGAACCCUCCGGGCUUCAAGAAAUGGGCCGCUGAGCUUCGCUCGAGGUCGCUCAACCUCGCCCUCUCCGCAUCUCUCGCUCUCGGACUUGCCCUCGGCGGACUUGGUACAGCUAAUGCCAAAGUUGGAGUCAAUAGGCCAGAAAUGCUUCCAAAGGAAUAUAGUCCAGUAAUUGAUGUUGCUGGGUUUCUCUCUGCAAGCCAGGAAAGAAGGCUUUGUGAAGAAAUUGCUGAUCUUGAGAAAGAGACAGGGGUCAAGCUUAGAAUUCUUGCACAGAAUUACCCUGACACGCCAGGAAUGGCUGUUAAAGACUUCUGGCAAGUUGAUGAGAGAACUAUUGUAUUUGUUGCCGAUCCAACUUUUGGAAACAUAUUGCAUUUCAAUGUUGGGGCCACCGUUGAUUUGGAUGUUCCUCGAAAUUUCUGGAGUCGUGUGGCUGGGAAGUAUGGGAACAUGUUUUAUUGGAAAGAAAAGGGGGAAGAUGCAUCAAUCGAAGCUGCAGUGAUGGCUAUAUCAAGUUGCCUGAGAGAGCCAACAGCACCAAAUAACUGCGUGGAGGUAAACUAAAAGCAUUCAUCCAUGAUAUCACACACUCAUGGCUUGGUGAAUUCUUGGAGGCCUCAAUCACAGUAUGAACCAUGGAAUCUUCAUCUCUCUUAGAUUUGUAAUACAAUUUCCAAUCGUAUGACUUGUAUGCUUAGGAUUUGAUUAUGUAUGAGAAUACAUAAGAUUGAUCUUAAGUUUUGCUUUCCUCUCUUUCUA